UCGCCGAUCGCCUCUCGGAUGCCGCUUGCCUGGAAGCUGCGUUAGGAGCGAGCCGCGGCGGCGGCGGCGGCGGUGGCGACGGCGGCGGCAGCUCGCGAGUGCUAUGACCGGCAAACUCGCCGAGAAGCUGCCAGUGACCAUGAGCAGUUUGCUAAACCAACUGCCUGACAAUCUGUACCCAGAGGAGAUCCCCAGCGCACUCAACCUCUUCUCCGGCAGCAGCGACUCGGUAGCCCAUUACAAUCAGAUGGCUACAGAGAAUGUGAUGGACAUCGGUCUGACCAACGAGAAGCCCAACCCCGAACUCUCCUACUCGGGCUCCUUCCAGCCUGCCCCGGGCAACAAGACCGUGACCUACUUGGGAAAGUUUGCCUUCGACUCUCCUUCCAACUGGUGCCAGGACAACAUCAUUAGCCUCAUGAGCGCCGGCAUCUUGGGGGUGCCCCCGGCCUCAGGGGCACUCAGCACGCAGACCUCCACGGCCAGCAUGGUGCAGCCUCCCCAGAGCGAAGUGGAGGCCAUGUACCCAGCACUGCCCCCGUACUCUAACUGCAGCGAUCUCUACUCGGAGCCUGUGUCCUUCCACGACCCACAGAGCAACCCAGGCCUUGCCUAUUCUCCCCAGGAUUACCAAUCGGCCAAGCCGGCCUUGGACAGCAACCUUUUCCCCAUGAUUCCUGACUACAACCUCUACCACCACCCCAACGACAUGGGCUCGAUUCCGGAGCACAAGCCCUUCCAGGGUAUGGACCCCAUCCGGGUCAACCCGCCCCCGAUUACACCUCUGGAGACCAUCAAGGCCUUCAAAGACAAGCAGAUCCACCCGGGCUUUGGGAGCCUGCCUCAGCCGCCGCUCACGCUCAAGCCCAUCCGACCCCGCAAAUACCCCAACCGGCCCAGCAAGACCCCGCUCCACGAGCGGCCCCACGCCUGCCCCGCCGAGGGCUGCGACCGCCGUUUCAGCCGCUCGGACGAGUUGACCCGACACCUGCGCAUCCACACCGGCCACAAGCCCUUCCAGUGCCGGAUCUGCAUGCGGAGCUUCAGCCGCAGCGACCACCUAACCACUCACAUCCGCACGCACACCGGAGAGAAGCCUUUUGCCUGUGAGUUCUGCGGGCGCAAGUUUGCGCGCAGCGAUGAGCGUAAGCGCCACGCCAAAAUUCACCUCAAGCAAAAGGAGAAGAAGGCGGAGAAGGGGGGUGCGCCCUCUGCGUCCUCAGCGCCCCCCGUGUCGCUGGCCCCCGUGGUCACCACCUGCGCAUGAGGCUCGGGGGCCCCCCCAGGUCUCCUCUUUUCCCCUCCAGUGUCUCGUGGCUGCUCGUCUGAAAGCAGCGGGAAAGCCAGUCACCGAGGCGCAGAGGCAGCGCCCUGGCCUCUCCAUGGACGUAAGGUCCCUUGUUCCCUUUCGAUGUGACCCGUUUCCACCCUUUCAUGCCGGCCGGCUGUCAGGGGCAGGGCACGAGGCGCCUUCUCUUUGCUGCCCGCACCUCCCUAGCCUAGCGUGGGGGCGGAAAGGUGGCGUCUAGCCUGCUUUGUUCAGUUCGGAUCGCCUUGAUCCAGGGGCCGCUGGGCCGCGCCAAGGACCUGCGGGGAUACUGAAGGCGGGAGGUGGGGGGGCCUCCAAACCUCGCCGACCCAAGCAC